UCACCCCCACGUGACGGUGCGUAUUCCGGAAGUUGAUGUGAUUGCGGAAGUGUUCGGAUGUUGUAGGCUAAGUUGUUUCAGCGAUCUGGUUUGCGAGUCUGGAAUCAGAUCUCGAUUUGGUUUAGAUAUAUGUAGGAGCUCCAUUUUACACCGCGACCAGUGUUCCAAGUUGGGCUGUGGAAAUGGUGGACCACAGUGACGUCAGUCUACCGCCAGAGGAGCGCGUCCGCAUCCUCACCAAGAAGGGGAGCUCGGUUGACAUCAGCGAUGAGGUUCCACCGCGCCGCUACUUCCGCUCGGGCAUGGAGAUGAUCCGCAUGGCCAAUGUCUAUGCGGAGGAGGGAAACAUUGAGCGGGCCUUCGUCCUCUACAACAAGUACAUCACGCUCUUCAUAGAAAAGCUUCCCAAGCAUCGGGAUUACAAAACGGCUAAUAUUCCAGAGAAGAAAGACAACCUUAAGAAAUUGAAGGAUGUGGCUUUUCCUCAAGCUGAAGUCCUGAAGAAAGCACUUCUCAAGAGAUUUGAACAAGACUACGCUCAGUAUUGUGUCAAGAAGAAAGCGGAAGAGGAGGCUCAGGUCUUGCAGCGGGCACUGAACGCCGAACGGGAGCGUGUGGCCGAGAUGCAGAGGCGGCAGCAGGAGCAGGAACAGUUCAGUGCCUUUGAGGAGAUGAUCCGACGCCAGGACUUGGAGCGAGAGCGCCAACGUGUUCUCCUGGAGUUCGCCGAGCCCUCCGCACCUUCCCCGGACACACUGCUCAUCCCGGGCAUCCAGGGCCCGCCUGUCAUCUCACCCACCCCGCCGCACAGCCCCUGGGAUCCGCCUGGGAACUGUCCUCCAUCCUCCGUAGCCCCGCCCAGCUUCGACCGCUCCCUUAAGCCCGGCUCGCUGGUCAGCCCCGGGAACAACGAUCUGACGGUGGAUGCCCUCCGCCAGCUGUUGGUGCCGUUGGAACUGUGUCAGAGUUUCCUGCGGCUGGCCGAGGCAAACACCAGCCGGGCUGUUGAAACCUGUGGCAUCCUCUGCGGGAAACUGACCAGAAAUACAUUCACAGUGACACACGUCAUCGUUCCCAAGCAGUCCGGUGGUCCCGACUAUUGCGACACGGAGAACGAGGAGGAGCUCUUCCUCAUACAGGACCAGUAUGAUCUCAUCACCUUGGGCUGGAUCCAUACUCACCCAACCCAGACGGCAUUCCUGUCCAGUGUGGACCUGCACACACACUGCUCGUACCAGAUGAUGCUGCCUGAAGCCAUCGCCAUCGUCUGCUCGCCCAAGUUCAACGAGAUUGGUUACUUCAGACUGACAGAUCGGGGAACGAAUGAGAUCUCCUCGUGUAAGCAGAAGGGCUUUCACCCUCACAGUAAAGACCCACCUCUAUUUUCACACGCCGACCACGUCACCAUCUCGAAUGACGCUGUCUCUGUGAUGGAUUUGCGGUGAUUUUAGGAUUUUAUUUUAUUUUUUUCCUUCUUCCAGUCCUCCUCACGCUCCUUCUCCGUCAAGGACACUCAGACUGUUUUAUCACAUCAUCAUAUUUGUUUUAAGGACGUGUGUUCAUCUCGUUCUGCGGAUUAGAAGUGUUUUCCAAGGGAACAUAAAAAAAAAAAAGAACACUAUCGUCAUUAUCGCACUUUUAUCCACUUUGUUGUCUGCGUUCUGAAUGUGUGUGUGUUCUUCUACAAGUUUCCUCCUGACAUAUUCAAGUGCCAAGGGUGACGAUGUGGCUAACAUUGGUUGUUCAGGCAGCAGAUUUGAUCUUGUUAAAGGCGGUUGGAACUCAGGUGCAAACACAUCAAACAUGAACUUUUUUUUAAAGGGCAUUGGUAGAAGCUUGUGAUCCUUGUGUGUCCUUGCUUCAGAGAGCGUGAAUGAAUAACUCCACUAACUUCCCCACUCCUUGUUUUUUUCCUCUCAAGGAUUGUUUUGCGACCCUCGUGUUGAGAUCAUUGUGAAGAAUUAUACCCCUCCAUGUGCAUAUGCAAAUAUCUUGCGUCGAUUAAAUGCCAAAAGGAAAUAAACGUAACUGUAUAUGA